CCGCCUCAAAAUGGCGGCGGGCAGGCCCAGCCUCUCCCGCCACCCUCGGCCGGGGCGGCGCCUGCGGCAGCAUGGCGGACGAUAAGGACCCGCUGCCCAAGCUGAAGGACCUCGCCUUCCUGAAGGGGCAGCUGGAGAGCCUGCAGCGGCGGGUGGAGGACGAGGUGCACGCCGGCGUGGGGCAGGAUGGCUCCCUGCUGGCUUCUCCUUUCCUCAAGGGCUUCCUGGCCGGCUACCUCGUAGCUAAACUCCGCUUCUCAGCAGUCCUGGGUUUUGUGGUGGGGACGUGCACGGGCAUCUACGCAGCGCAGAACUACGCCGUGCCCAACGUGGAGAAGACGGUCCGGGACUACCUGAGCUCUCUGAGGAAAGGUGGGGACUAGCGAGGGGAACCUGGCCGGCAGCAGCUGUGUCGGGGCACUCCUGGGACAGGCAGUGGGGCAGGAGGUUCCUGCGGCGCCCGGACACGUCCCGUGUGCUGCUCCUGCCCCUUGGACAAGGGCUUCGCACCAGCCUACCAUUGUGAGAUGCCCCCAGGUCUGGUUACGGGGUGUCGGUAACCGGUAACGGUGAGAGGCAACCACGCCAUUACCCCCAGCAGCUCGGACGUGGCAGCAGCCAGCUGGGUGCCAGCUGCCUGCUCCCUUGGCCGCUCUCUCUGCAGACCCCCACCGCUGUCACUGCCCACGUGCCCUUCCACCGAGCAGGCGCCCUGCCCUAGGAAUGUGCUUUGUGUGGCUUCCUGGGGAGACUUCUGCUUCUCUCCUUAAUGAGAAACAAAGCCAUUCCCUUCCUUUGUAUCAGAAAUGUAACAGGUAAUAUCCUGUUUUAAUCAGGUUCAUUAAAUUCAUGGUAUUUGCUCCC